UAGCUCCUCGCCAGUAGCAUAACGUGUGUGUCCGCGAGUCGCACGCAGCCACUCACCCCGUGACACCGACUGGCAAAUCACCGCAAGUACAAGUCACACGUCCGAACAAAGUGUUCUUACACCAAAAUCCCCUAGAAUUAAUUAAUUAAUAUCGGUGAAAAAUCAAAUCCAACAGUCCGCGGACUGAAAGUUUUGUGAAUGGAAAGUGCAACUGCACUUGUGUCAAAUCGACUCGCCUCCCCCACCCCCUGAGUGUGUCUGGACAAUAGGCAGUAACUACUGAAAUCCUUUGUGUCUUUUUCUACUGAUAUAUUCGACGAUGCACACGAGCGCGAGUCACUCAACUGUCAGUUGAUCGAUGCCAGUAGUGACAGUAAGUCAGGAUCAGACCAGACCUGAAGUGAUUGUUGUCCCUUUAGUUGUGACGUCGGGGGUGCGGGGGUAUGAUAGCCAACGGACUACCCACCAACUUUCAGGAAAGAUAAGGGUAACGGAGCAUGGGUGACAUGAAGAAUCUCACACUGAGCAGUGGUUCGAGGUACAACGGGGAAGAGCAAGUACAGUUCAUCGCUGAGGGAGCACAUCAAGUGACAAUCAGAUCACCACCUCCAGCACUUCAUCUGGAGAGUCUGAAUAAUGCAGUUCUCAGUGGCUCCCAAAAUAAUCUUCACUGCAGCUGUAAUGGAACGGUAUCGUCUAAUGGCAACGCCACGGGCUGUGCUACGGGUGGUUUAGCCCGCAAGGUCCAGAAUCACACGGGCAUCAGUCCCGGCCAGGUGAACAAAAAGCCGGUGGUGGCACUGACACACUUGCCAAGGAGACCACCAGUUGACAUAGAGUUCAAAGACUUGGCCUACAGCGUUUCCGAAGGCCGACAAAGGGGGUAUAAAACUAUAUUGAAAUGCGUGACUGGAAAGGUCAGGUCGGGCGAGCUGACGGCGAUAAUGGGACCCUCAGGGGCUGGCAAGAGUACUCUCAUGAAUGUACUCGCAGGAUACAAGACCUCCAACCUCAACGGUUCGAUUCUGAUAAACGGAAAGGAGCGGAAUCUCCGUCACUUCCGGAAGACUUCUUGCUACAUAAUGCAGGACGACCGGCUGCUGCCCCACCUGACGGUCCACGAGGCGAUGACAGUCUCAGCAAACCUGAAGCUUGGAAAGGACAUAGACGCGGCGGGGAAGAAGGUCCUCGUCGAGGAGAUCAUCGACACCCUGGGGCUCUCGGACGCCAGCAACACUCAGACACAGUCGUUGUCUGGUGGCCAACGAAAGCGCUUGUCAAUAGCCCUAGAGUUGGUCAACAAUCCACCGGUGAUGUUUUUUGACGAGCCGACAUCAGGACUGGACAGCUCCUCGUGCUUCCAGUGCCUCAGCCUCCUGAAGUCUCUCUGCAGAGGUGGAAGGACCAUCAUCUGCACGAUUCACCAGCCCAGUGCGAGACUGUUCGAGAUGUUCGACAAUCUGUACCUCCUCGCCGAAGGCCAGUGCAUUUACCAGGGAAAUGUUCACGGUUUAGUGCCAUUUCUGUCAUCGAUGGGUCUGGACUGCCCUAGCUAUCACAAUCCAGCUGAUUUUGUGAUGGAAGUGGCGUCCGGAGAACACGGAGAGUGCGUGGAGAAGCUAGUGACUGCCGUUAACAAUGGAAAGUGCAAUAAUUAUCAGAAUUAUAACACGAAUUUGUUGACACACGCGGUAUCGAAUGAUAUCGCCAAACAGUCGUCCCCGGAUGAUGGAAAAGAGGGAAAGGUUGAGGGGCUGAUACCCAAUGGAGUGGCCAAGGGCCCACCAGGAACAGUCCUGAAUAUGCCAGUGUCCUGUACCACUUCGUUACUGGACAGUGCUGAGAGCAUUGAGCAGAAGGUCGGCUUUCCGACCAAUGGCUGGACGCAGUUCUGGAUUCUCUUGAAGAGAACUUUUUUGUCGCAGAUGAGGGAUAUGACAUUAACGCGAGUGAGAUUGAUAUCUCAUAUAAUCGUUGGGUUUCUCAUUGGCGCUCUGUACUACGACAUAGGCAACGAAGGUGCUGAAGUCUACAGCAAUGCAGGCUGUGUCUUCUUCACUGUCAUGUUCCUGAUGUUCACCGCCAUGAUGCCGACUAUUCUCACGUUUCCCAUGGAGAUGUCUGUGUUCGUGAGGGAGCAUUUGAAUUACUGGUACUCCCUGAAAUCGUUCUACCUCUCUAGAACGCUCUCUGAUCUACCAUUCCAAACUGUGUUCUCGAUAGCCUACGUCAUGAUCGUUUACUUCAUGACAUCUCAACCAUUGGAAACUUACAGAUUUUUAAUGUAUCUCAAUAUUUGUGUACUGACAGCACUUGUAUCCCAAUCCAUUGGAUUGUUGAUUGGAGCUUCAAUGAGUGUCGAAAGUGGAGUAUUCAUUGGCCCAGUGUCGACAGUUCCCAUAAUCCUAUUCUCUGGAUUUUUCAUAAAAUACACCGCAAUGCCAUCGUACUUGAGCUGGUUGUCUUAUCUGUCCUUCAUUCGUUAUGGUUUUGAAGGUGCAAUGUUAACAGUCUUUGGGUAUAAUAGACCACGAUUGAAGUGCCGCGAGGCUUACUGCCACUACAGAGAGCCAAAGAAAUUUCUCGAGGAAAUGGCAAUGGACAAAUCGGCCUAUUGGCUCGAUGCUGUUGCCCUCCUUGCCAUGCUCAUUGUCCUAAGGUUUUCCACGUAUUUUGUACUUAAACUGAAGAUAAGAUCACUGCGCUAGGGGGUACAAUUGCCAUGCAUAUAGGAUAAUCAAAUUUAGUAGAUGAUGAAGUGGUUGAAUUCGAUGGCACCAAUUUUCCGUCACAUUGACCUCUGGAUAUGACGGGAACUAUUGUUUUUUUGGCAAUAUAGCGGAAAUAAUUUGAAUUAAGUGGAUUUAAUAAAUGAAAAAAUCAGUCUCAAGUUCAUCGAAUUCGUCAAUUAAAUCGUGACUCGCACGCAUUAUUAAUUAUUCAUAGGAAAUGACUCGUUCUUUACUUUUUAAAGUUUUUUAGAGUUGAAAAAUAUUUUUUAAUGACUCGAUAUGGAGAGUGAAACUCAAAAGUGAAUUUAAACAGCAAAAUCACUUUGAGAAAAAAUCCUAAAUUCUAAAUCCAAUAAUUUCUGAUCCUCCAAAAGAACUUUGGUCCGGUGAAUUUCGCUACUUCAUCAUUCAAAUGAAUGACGGAGCAGACAAUAACGUCCGUAGACGUCAAUCAGCCAAACAGUGCGUUUUGAUCGAUAAAAUUACAAUCGAGAAACAUGGAAAAUAUAAAAUCGAAGAACAGAUUAAGACUGAAAAAUUAAUUAUGGAUAUGAAAAAUUGUCGAGUAAAACGAAAAACAAUUCAAAUCAUAAAAAACUAGAGCAGAUUAUAAUAAUAGGGGACAGAGGGGUGAAAUAGUUACGUUGAUUUUGUUAAUUCAUAUGACUAAGUAGCUUUAAUAAUAUAACAACACUCAAAUUAUUACCAAGAUGAUGGAUUUUAUGGUUCAUUGGGAUUUACUAGCACACGCUGAAAUACGAAAACUUGAUGAACAAUAUCCGACAGGUAUUUUUUAAUUUUAAUUUAUGGUGAAUCAUAUUUUUAUUCUCGAUUUGGAAUAGUUUUGCCGUAAAUUGACACUGGUUUUGAAUAAGAAAAAUUAUUUACAAUUCUUCGACCAAUGUCAAAAAUGAGAAAUGUAUUCCAAUUUUCUAAAUAUUUUUUUUAUUCAAAACUUCUUUCGUAAAUUUGAUUUUUGAAAAUUUGAAAUUGUCGAAAUUUCCCCUCCAAAUUAAUCGCGAUUGAUCGGCAAUUAUCGGAGACGUAGACACAUCACAGUAAUAAGAGUAAAAGAAGACGAAUCGAUAAAAAAAAAAAUUGUUUUAGGACCGCUUGCUUGGCAUUCCCCCUGUGGGGAUGAAUUUCCUCACAUUUUCACAAUUAAUCAUCAAAUAACGUCAACUCAUAUCGUAAGGGUCAUUACACCGUUUAAACUCACCCAUCGCAUUCAUUGAAGGGUUUUUAAAGAGAUUUACCUUGUAAAAAAUAAUUGAUAAGCAAAAAAUUAAAUUAUUAAGAGCCAACACUUGACCAAUCACUGGCUGCCUGGAUGUUUUUCUCUUCAAUUUCGAGGAUAAUGAGUUAAUGAUGGGAACAACUAAUGAUUUCUGCAGUAAAGUGAUGAAAGACUAGUUAAAAAUGUUAUUCACACUUAUUUUUAAUUAAUCUUCGGAGGAAAAUGUCACCACUGAUUCAAUUAUCCUCGUUAACUUGAAGAACCCAAAACAUAACUAGGAAAUUCCGUGUGUGUGCGUGUAAAAAUUGUUAAGUGAUUCGUUAAAACAUUGUAUCGAAUGUUUCUAAUAGUGAAAAUGGAUAUUUAAAGAGGCCUAUGUUCAGCAGACCCUCGGCAGGAUCUCAUUUAGGGUCAAUUAAUCGAAUUUUACAACAAUUAAAAGGAGCGCUCGAUGAAGUAGCACUUUAUUAUUAUUAUUUAAAAUUAAAUACGUUUAUUAUCCUCCAAUUAUGGUUAGUCAUAAGUAGUUCAAUGAGUUAAUUUCACCGAGAUGAACUUUAAAUUCCAGUGAUUUUAUCAUUUUUUAAUUCAUUUCUCUUGAUAUUAUCGGAAAAAAGCACUAACUCUCUUUUUACGUCGAUAAAAAUCAGGAGUGAAUAAUUUUUAUUGUUAUCCUAUUUGUUUAAAAUAUUUCCAAGGUGGCUAGGUCGGUCGCCAGAUGAAUUUUCGUGGGAAAAGGCAGUGAUAGAAAAUCAGUUAAGGCUAGUGGAAAAGAAUACCGUAUGAGCAACCAUUCCAUCAAAAAUCUACCUUCAUUUUAUCUAGAGAAUUUUUAAAAUAAAUUUUGAAUUCGAAAUCCUCGGGGCAAUUUUGUCUCAUUGUCCUUUCCAUCUGAGAUUUUCCUGGCUAUCGACUGAAGGGCAGGUAAUGGAUCUCAAAAUUGAGAGAAUAAAAAUUCCACGACCCAAUCUUUUCACAAUUUCGCUGAUAAAUAUUUUUUUACAAUUUUGGAAGCAUUGAAUUUGUAUAUACUCGCUAUCGAAAUUGUAUUCACCGAUGGAUUAGUUAGAUAUUUCGGACUAGAGUAUUUUUUUAUUGCAUUACGUUUUAAGAACAUGACACUAUUUACUAUGAAUUAACCGUUAUAUUGUUUUAGCAUUAAGACAUUGUUUAUGUGAAUUAAUAUUUGUUUAUCAAAGUGCAAGGUUCAUGAGAAUUGAAAUAAAUGAAUGAUAAUUGACAAAUAA